CUAAUCUCUCUACAAAUCUCAAGUGCUAAUAUAUUCUUCUUCUUCUUCUUAGCUUACUUUCUGAUUCAGUAUUUUCUUUCUAAUGGCUGAAGUAAAGGAUACACAUGUUGUUGUUGAAAUCCCAGUAGACGAAGAACAUGAAAAUCUGAAACUGGUUCCAUCAAUAAACAACACAAUGUCAGUGAUUCAACAACACCCAUUGAUGGAAAUCUCUCAAAGCCCAGGCCAUCUUUUACUCUUAAAACUUUGGCAAAGAGAAGAAGAUAUGUUUGGGCGUACAGUCACCAUGAAAGAAACUAGAAUGGAUAACCUUAAAUCAGAAAUCUUUCAAUUAUGUUGUUGUUUUUACCUUUUUAUUGGGUUUUUUCUUACACUUGUUUACACAUCUUCAAUCAAUUCUUCUUCUCAUGAUCAUCAUUAUUGUAAGAAAUGGUGGUUACCUUCAUUUGUAUCUCUAUUUACUUCCAUGGUUAUUAUUUGUUUAGUACAGAUGAAACUUUACAGGUACUGGAAAGUGUCAAGGGAAUUACAGAGGGAAAGAAGUGAAAACAGAACACUUACUAGAUGUAUUCAGGAAUUAAGGAUGAAAGGAGCUAGUUUUGAUCUAUCAAAAGAUCCUCAUCAUCAUCAAAAUGCUAAAAGGAUGAAAAGCUCAAGUGUUGAAAUCAAAUGGAGAACUGUUUCUUGGUUUUCUCAGUAUUUUGUUACAAUCUGUCUUAUUUGUGUUUCAGGUCUCAUCUUCCCUGUUAGCAGAUUCAUCCUCUGUGUUUGAUGACGAUCUUCGGGUUCCUCUGCAAUUUUCUUAUAAAGGGUUAAAUUGGUCAAAAGUAAUGGUUUUGCGCAAUGGGAUUUAGGAUUGAAAAAUUGGGUUAAUGAGAGAUGGGUUUGCAAUAUCAAAAUUUUGAGGAUACUCAAAAAUUGGGUUUCUACAGUGCGGUCUUGAUGAAGCUGUCAUGUCAUGGAUUCAACUAAUUCUCAUAAAGCUUCAAUCUCUAAAUCCAUAUGGGACACUUGCAGAAGGGGAACGGACGGAAUUUGCUAGCACAGGUGACAAAGAGUGGCAGAACAAUUGAGCAUAUUCAAGAAAAAAGUCUGUUUUAUCUCCGUGGCUUUUUAGAACCAUUGUCUGACAAACAAAAUUUGUAAAAUGUGCUUCACAAUUCAGCACUUUUUUCUUUUCUGAUUGAAUGAGAAGAUAUACUAGAAUGUAAUUCAGUAGCUUCCAUCUCGUUCAGUCUGCGCUUGGAAUCAAAUGUCCAGCUCUCUUCCGCAUUCACAUGUUUUGAAACUUUGGAGUGUUUACAUCUGCUUAGGUUAAUCUCUCCAAUCCACUUGUCGUGCCAAAAAGAAACCAAGGUACCAGAAUGUCAAGUGAUUAUUGUUGAAUUUGCUGAAACAAGGUGACUGCAUGUUCUCUGCAAUAGUGCGCCAGCAUGAGACUCCAUGGGCAGUCUUCACAUUAUCAGGGAACCAAUACGAAGAAUUUGAUCAAAAUUAAAGUGAGCUGGUGCGUGCCAAAAGUAUAUGAAACAAAUGCCAAUCACAGACUUCACAUUAUCAUCUCAUCUGGGUUCUACUACGAACGCCAUUCUUUUUUUCUUUUCUUUUUUCAAUUUUG